UGGCAUGGUAUGUACACACAGCUGCGACUUUAAGCGGGAAAUAGAAUUCAAUGAGUCUCAAUAUAAGCAACAGUUUUGGAUUAACUUGCAAAGUCUUAAGCAAACAAUGUGACAGUCCGCAGAUUAACUCAUGGGCCACAUACAGCCUUUUGGAAUUGCUCAAAUGCUUAAACGCAAAGGAAAAGCUCUUGCUGACCAAGUACUUUUGCCAAUUGCCGUUAAGUGUGGGCAGUUUUCGAGUGUUGCGGCAACUGCAGCAACUGAGAAUCCUCACUGCAACCGAAUAUAUUUGCAGUAUUUUAGAUGAAGAGCAAUUGCAAUUGAUACUCAUUGAGUUUCUCGAAAGUGAACACGAUUUGCUAGCAAAUUUAUUCAUCGCGGCACAUUAUGAUUCACUAAAUACAAUUAAACUGAAUAAUAUGCUCGACACGGCAUUGAGGCAUCUCUUUGGCGCUCUUGCUAAUAAUCCAAAAAUCAGCAAUUUAAACUAUAUGGAGCCAUUGUCCAAGUCCUUACCCGCUGAUGUCUUAAUCAAUGUGUGCCUGGAAAUGCAUUUAAGCAUUUUAUUGGAGUUACAUGAGGUAGAAGAUGUUAGUAUGGCAUUUAAGCUCUUUAGCACUUGGAUCAACGAGGGCGUCGACGAGCUUACCUUUGUCAAGAGUCUAACAGGCAAGCUACUGGUCAGACAUCAGAAAGAGAUGCUUAAUUUUCUAUUUAAAAUGUCUGCAACGUCCAACUUUAAACACUGGAAAUACUAUCUCAUUGCGGUGCAGUCAAUAGCCAGUCUGAACAACACAGAAACCAUUUCAUUUGCAAAAAAAUAUCUCAAGAGCCGAUUGCUUCAUGUGGCAAGUUUAGGCUGUCAGCUCUCCAUGUUGCAUCUGCUACUUACCGCUCGUGCUGUGGCAGCCACAACACUAAAUAUACAACAGAAUUUGGAUAAUUAUGCACAGUGGUACAAGCAAUACAUUGGCGAAAUGUCAUAUGGCCUAAGCAAUGAGCAAUUCCAGAUCGUACUCAACCUUCUAGACGAUUCUGUGCACUACGAAUUGGAAAUUGAUUAUCUAGAGAUUCAUGCAGCGAUUGCCAUUUCGCCAGGCGGGAAACUUGUGCAGGCCUAUAAAACCAAAUGCAAAUCACAUUUGGCACGCUUGAAAGCGGCCAGCAAACAGAAAGAUAACAAGUAG